AUGAUGAACUACUCGACUGUGCCACUGCAAGACGAUCGACGCAAUGCGUCGUAUGGUUCGAUUGAAGACAAACCGAUACAAAAAUCCAACCGUGUCAUGAAAUGGUACGCCAACAUGGCCAUGAUCAACUUUGUGGAGUUCGCUGCAGAGGCGUCUCGCGGUGUGGUGCUGGCCACACUCUUCCUGUACGCCAAGUCACUCGGUGGAGGCUUAAGUCAAAUGGGACUACUCACGUCGCUCUUUUCAGUUGGACGCCUCAUAUCGUCGAUGCUGUUCGGUUGGAUGUGUGACCACUACUCCUUCCGGUUCGUGUACCUCGUCUCCUCUAGCUUUUGCUUGUUGGGCAAUAUUGUGUAUUUGUUGGCGGAGAGCAGUGUGACUGGAAGUCUAAUUGUGCUCUCUGCAAGUCGCUUUAUUGUUGGCUUUGGAGCUGGCAACCGCAGUGUUUGCCGCGCCGAUGUGGCCGCCAUGACAACGAUCAGCCAGCGCUUGCCGUACAUUACCGUUCUAUCCACAGUCGAGUUCCUGGCCUACGCUCUUACUCCAGGACUUGGAAGUCUAGUGGCCAGCACUGACACGUAUGUGCUGGGCAUUCACAUGAACCAGUUUACCGCUCCAGGUGCAAUUCUUGUCGUGCUCAACAUCUUGUCCAUAAUUGGCAUGCUCUUCGCGUACGAUGUGUCCGUGAAACCCGCUGAUGGCCCCGAAGAGUCUGUCCCAAGAACCCAGACUAGCCGUGCCCGAAGCGACAACGUUAGUCUGCCCGAUCGCAUCAUUUACAUUGGUGCUUCUGUAUACAUCUUCCUGAAUUUCAACGCGAGAGGAAUGCUCUCAGUCUUCGAAACGUUGAACAUCCCGUUGUUUUUACAGGCAACCGGCAAGGAUCCGAGCACUGUAGACGCUGUCGUGGAGGCUUCUAACUUUCAGUUCUACUUGGGCUUGCUUGGACUGGUGACGUACUUCUCCAUCGAGUACUUUCGCAAUACCAUCUCCGACGUGAGCUGGGUGCAGCUGGGCUUUGUUUCGCUACUAGCUGGUAACGCAGUGCUGGCGGUGGCGCCUCCUGCAAGUCUCUCAAUUGGGCAACUUGGAGUAGCGGAAAUGUUGGUGUGGAGUGUGGGAUGCCCCAUCACGACUGCAGUCGGUGUUGCGGCCUUCUCGAAGCUGCUAGGAGGGCGUCCGCAGGGCACACUGAUGGGGUUAUUCGGCUCGGCUGCUUCGGUCUCGCGCAUUAUACUGCCCCUUGUUCCUGCGGCCAUAUCGGCGCUGACACCCGUUUUUUGGAUUAACAUUUCGCUGUGCGUCUUGAGCAUUGUGAUAUUGUGGUGGUUCAAUCGCCUCGAGAACGAGACUAGGAGGAAUUUGCUCGACGACACCGAGAAAGCGUACCCUCCCAGUGUUGUUGCUGCAAAGGACCGCGUCUGA